CUAUCACCAGCAUUACCAAUCACCAUGUCUGACAUCGAAGAAAACGCAUACAACGACGCGCCCGAAAACUACGACGACUUUGAUCAGGCUGAUCACUUCUCCGAGAAUGAGUUUGAAGAUCCUGAACCCGAAACCAAUGGAGAUGUGGACAUGAAAACAGAAGAUGGACGCACCAUCAUCAAUGGAGGAAUUGGACCUGAUGAGUCCAAACCCCGGGCCAAGACCACGGCCGAGCUCGCCAUACCCAAGCACCAGAGAACAACCACGCCGUAUAUGACCAAGUACGAAAGAGCCCGGGUGUUAGGAACCAGAGCUUUACAAAUCUCGUUAAAUGCGCCGGUAUUGGUGGACAUUGAAGGUGAAACUGACCCACUACAAAUCGCCAUGAAAGAGUUGUCCCAAAGAAAGAUUCCGCUUGUGAUCAGAAGAUAUUUGCCUGAUGGGUCGUAUGAAGACUGGGGAUGUGAUGAGUUGAUCAUUGAUUCUUAGACACAAUAACCAUAUGGAGUCAACGUCCCCAUAGACAAAAUAACCAUGUGAAGUCAAUAUCCCCAUAUACAGAAGAUAUGUUUUGAGUCAAGCUGUCCGACACUCACACCCUGCACCAUUGUAUAUUAAUAAACACUACCGAAUUGUCCUAGUCAAUAUACGCGUCCAACCAGUUGGAUGCCAAAAACAACUUCUUACCAUUGCUCUGCUCCUUGACAAAGCCACGGACCAACUCGUCGAAGGUGGCUCUCGAUAAUCGGUUGUCUCCCGAGCCGAUUUCUCCAAGCUGCACCGAGCAGCACGCCUCUUUCAAAGUAUCCACGUCAAUGAUAAGGUCAUUGAUGUCCGACCCUUCAGCAAACACCUGUAGCGCAUUGUGGAUGGUGGUACGGUCAUCCAACUUCAGCAACUGCUGGGCCAUGAUGUUCAGAAACUGGGCGAAGUUUAACCCCUUGGAUGUUUUGUCAUCGGUAGCUACCAUCACCUCCAAAUCGGCUUUACGGGGCGGCUGGAUCCCCAACGUCUUAUAUAACUUGACAAGGUCUUCCUUGGUGAUAAGCGAGUCCUUGGAGUCGCCGUCGAUCAACGUGAAGGCAUUACGAAGCUCGGUCUUCUGGUUAUUGGUGAGACUAUUUAGCGGGAUCAUCUGGCGAAGGU